GAUUUUUGAUUGGCGGGGUUGGCUGUGUAAAAAUGGCGGAUUGCGAGAACGGUACCGAAGCGAAAAGACUCAAAACACAAAGUGACAAUGAGUGUGAAAGUGAACAUUCGUCCGAUAAUCCUGUAUCUGACUUAGAAAUCACCCGAGUUUUGCGCGAAUCCGCGCGGGAGAAGAAUAUUUUCAUUCACGGAAAGGUGAAGGAUCAGGAUGCUGUCGUGAUUUUGGAGAAGACCCCCAUUGGACAGGACACUCUUAAAGAGUUACUGAAGAGCAGUGAACUCAAGCUGGAGAUGAAGAAUGACGUGUACAGCACAUACCAGCUGCACGCACCUGCCCAUCUAAACCAAAUCAAGACGACUGUGGUGUGCCCUGCGACAGAGAAGCAUGUUAAGAAAUAUUUGCAUCAGGAGAGUUUUCUGGUUGAAGAAUCAGGGGAGGAUUAUCGAAACAUCACCCUGCCAUACAUCAGCAACCAGAGCUUUAGUGUGCAGUGGGUGUACAACAUCUUAGAGAAGAAAGCAGAGGCGGAUCGGAUUAUUUAUGAAGAUCCAGAUCCUGAUACGGGUUUUGUCUUAUUGCCAGAUUUUAAGUGGGACCAAAAGCAGCUAGAAAACUUGUAUCUGAUUGCCAUCGUCCACCGGAGGGACAUUAAAAGUUUGAGGGAUCUUACAUCAGAGCACUUGUCAUUACUCCGAAACAUCCGCAGCAAAGGAGAGGACACCAUUCAGAAGCGGUAUGGUGUCCCCGUGAGCAAACUGCGUGUGUAUCUGCACUAUCAACCCUCGUACUAUCACCUCCACAUACACUUUACCUCACUGGACUAUGAAGCUCCAGGCUGUGGGGUGGAACGGGCUCACCUGCUUUCCGACGUCAUCCAGAACUUGCAGGCAGAUUCUGGUUACUAUCACGACCGCAUCAUGACUUUCCCUCUGCGUGCCGAUGAUGGUCUGCUCCUUAAGUUCAAAGAGGCUGGAAAGCUCUGAAGAUCUGUGAAGGCCUAACCUGUGUCUUGUUGGUUACUGUUUUGAAAAUACAUCUUUUGGCUCAGUGACACUGCUAACCAGAUUAGAAAAACCUCACACUGUCUGAUGGAAGAAAUAAGAUUUUCCUGAAGUCUUAAACCUUGUUUUGAGUUUGUAAAGUGUUUUAUAACAAAAUAAUAAAAAAUUAAUUGUGA